AUGGACAUCCGAUUGAGGCUGCUCUCAGACGAGAUCGUCGUAUGCGUCUUCAGCCUCUAUUGCCUCAAUGAGCUCUUGAGAUUUGUCGUCUAUGUCAUCGAGAUCGUCAUUCAACAUCCAUGCCCGAAGGGUCAGAACCUCUUGAAGGACGCUAUCUCUCCAAGUGUGGGCUACAGGUGUCUUGAAAGUCAACGUCGUCUUUCCUCGUGGACCAUCACGCUCCUCUACCUUCUCCACUUUUCUGUCCCCGUUCAGUUCGGCAAGCCUCAGCGUAUUCAGGUGCAUCUCAGCCAUCUUCAUGAACACCGGGUAAACGAAUGGAGGAUAAUUGAUAUCUCUCCUACAGUAAAUCCUAUACAAGGCGUUUUCAAGCUGACGUAUGGGUACACCUCCAGCCGGACUGGCCUUCACCAAAUCCCGCUGGAAUCGUUUGUUCAGCACUACAUCUCGGAAGCUUCUGAGGGCAUUAUCUUUCAGCCGGGAAACGCCAGAAGCCUCGUGACCAUUGGCGUUGUCGCUGGUGGUUGCAGAGGAAUCGGUCUGAAACAAUCAGUUCAACUCCGUAAGUGCCACCACAAUAGACAACUAGACAGCUAUACCAACCGGUUGGUGUUCCUCAAUCGUAUCGUAGCGUUCGUCCGUUACUUGUCUCAGGCAUUCAUUGAAUCGGUGCGGCACUUCUGAGCUGAAUUUAGGCGACCAUUCAGCUGCACUCCAAAGAAGCGUUUUCACUUCUUCUAUCCAUGGUAGAAUCGAAGAACAGCCUUCUUUCUGAGCCGCCUUUCGGAGUUCAUUUUCCAGCCAUUUCACCAGAAGCGAUGUGUCAUAAAGAUGUAGGACACGACCCAGUUGUGGUUCCAUGUUUCUCAGCGGUACUGCGAGAGCAGGAUUACGAUUGGUAGCCAGUGAAUACACUGGCAACCUCUCUCUCGAAAUCCACUGAAGUAAACGGUUCAAUGCCUCCACAUCUACUCGGCCACUAAUUUUGUCUGACUCAGAACGAUGAAUAAACUCUGUGUGCAAGAUGAGUUUUGUACGAGUAUCACUGAGGACGGCUUUGCCAAGAAGUGACGACUGGUCCCCUCUGCUGACGCUUCCAUUGGCUGCCAAGCACAGUCUCUCGCCACGCUCAUAGGACUCUUGUACGACCUUCAUUACAUCUCUUCGAUGCAUGUUGUAGACUUGCUCGAUGGCCGUCUUCGUCCAUUGGAAGACCUUCCAGAAGAAUGCUUUCGUGAAGAAGGAUAGGUUCAAUUGUUCAGCCCACCGUUGCAACUCCGUAUAUCUGAGGCCAGUCGUGAUAGCUGCCACUGCGGCUUCCAGGUCACCCAUGUAGGUCUUCUCCUUCUUAUGUUCCACAGCUCGGCGCUGACUUUCCCAUCGUCUCACAUGUGGGUAUCGUAGCGAACAGCUCGAGCAGACGUACCGCAUUACCGCCGCAGUACCGGCAGGACACAGACGACUUUUGGCCAAUUUCUGACCACAUUGCGGACAAAAUUUGAACAGUUUCGUCAGCAUUUCGCCUUCAAUCAAAAAGUAUUGCUUGAGAAGCGCCGGAUCCGUUGCGUCCAGUUCUGGAACAUGCAUGGAAGACGAUUCUGCUGAAGAUCCCGGCGAGUCUUGUGUUGGAUCUUCGGGGUCAAUCGCCAUCACAUCAGAAGAAUCGAGGUCCUGUUUCACGAACAAAGCCCCGGUUACAGGUUUCACGUCCGUCAGAACUGGACACGACGUCCCACUGCUAAGUUCUUCGGGAGCGUCGACACAUUCAAUCUUCGGCUGCCGGAACGGAAUGCCAUAACCACUGUCACUCCCCACCUGACUUUCUUGCUUCAUAACGUCCAUCUGGGAACAAACAUUUUAACGAUCUAA